AGAACAACCUCAACCUCAACUCAUCAUGAACAAUUUUAAAUUAUUAUAAAAUCCAAGCAAACGCGUUAGAAACAGAAGGAAAGAGAGCAGCAACCAAAGCGACCGCCUCUCCACCCACUCCUUCCUUCUCCCUCCUCCCGACCGAUUCUCUCCCCCUCGCGUCCCGCUACCGCCGUCCAUCGUUUGGGAGGCAAGAAACGGGUGCCUCGCGCGCCCAUGUCGUCUUCUCCCUCCGGACGCCAAUGUCUCGCCAUGCCCAUGACAGCCACCGCCCUGUCCUCCUCGUUGUGACAAGAACGAUCCUUCUCCUCCUCCUCGUCAGCGUCCUCGACGUGUGCUCGGCGUCGCCGCAGUUCUCCACGGUGGCCAUCUCCCACGCGCCCAACGCUACCCUCGUCUGCGCGCUCGUUCGCACCGGCGAUGAGGCGGACUCCGGUUCCAAUUCCAAGCUGCACUGCACCAAGCUGCCCGGCGGCGAGCAAUUCGUAUACCCCUCCGCCGACAUCCCCUACAACGCCAUCGCCGCCGGCACCGACUUCCUCUGCGGACUCAUGGCCCCCGCCGGCGGCCACGCCGCCAUGCGCUGGUGGUCCUUCUCUGAGGAGGCCGCCGCCAACCGGUCCAGCCCCGUCGGCCGCCGCCUCUAUUGGGGCCCCUCCCUCCGCGCGCUCUCCGCCGGCGGCCCCCACGUCUGCGGCCUCUCCGACGACCAUGACCCCGCCUGCUGGGAGUGGCCGAACCUCAAGCUCCCCAAAGGCCUCGACUUUUCCCGCAUCGCGCUCGGCCAUGACUUCCUCUGCGGCAUCGUCUCCGGCGACGACACCGGCAUGAGCUGCUACGGCGGCAUGAAGGCGCCGUCGCCGCUUCCUACACCGGCUUCCUUCAAGACCGUUGCCGCCGGCCACCGGCACGCGUGCGCGGUGGACGAGAAGGGCGGCUUUGUCUGCUGGGGCGACGGCGUCCCAGCGGUGCCGGCCGCCGAGCUGCCAGACAAUAUGUUGGCCAUGGCGCUCGGUCACAACACGACGUGCAUCCUAGCUGGCGACGGCACGGUGCGGUGCUGGGGCGCCGUGCGGGUGCCGGAGCAGUACGCGCGCACGAACUUCGUGGCCGUCGAGGCCGAUGGCGAUGCGGUCUGCGGCAUCAUGAAGAGCAACUACUCCGUCGUGUGCUGGGGGAAGAGCGACCGAUUCGACGGCGGCCAUCUCGUUUACAACGACACCAUGCCCGGCGCCUGCGCGCCCAAGGGGAGCUGCCCCUGCGACAUUAUUCCGGGAUCAGGUGCUCUCUGCGGCAACGGCGGCGGCGUGGGUAGCGACGAGCUCGCGGUGUGCCAGCCCUGCUCGCUGCCGUUGAACGCGUCGAGGAUCGUCAUCGCCAACGGGAUGACCAAGAACUCGGCGCCGCCAGCCAACGACGAUAGCGGGAAGAAGAAGGCCCUGGCGGUCGCGCUCAGUGCGGCCGGCAUCGGCGCUGCGGUGCUCGCGGCGGUGGGGACGGCGUUCUACCUCGUGGUGUUCAGGAAGUGGGACAGGAAGGUGCACGUCACCGUCCGGCUCGGGGAGUCCUCGUCGCGGCGUCUGUGCCGCGACGCGGGGGACAUGAUCAUGCCGGCGCCGCUGGUCUCGCCGCUGCGGCCGGCGCGGCCGCUCGGGUGCGAGGAGUUCACGCUCAAGGAUCUGUCGCGCCUGACGAACGGCUUCGCGGAGGAGAGGAAGAUCGGGAGCGGCAGCUUCGGGUCGGUGUACCGCGCGAAGCUCCCCGACGGGCGCGAGGUCGCCAUAAAGAGGGCCGAGCGCGGCGGGCGGCGGCGGCGGCGCUUCGACGCGGAGUGCGCGUUCCGGGCGGAGCUGCGACUGCUGUCGCGCGUCAACCACCGCAACCUGGUACAGCUCCUCGGCUUCUGCGAGGAGCGCGGCGAGCGCAUCCUCGUGUUCGAGUUCAUGCCCCACGGCGCGCUCCACGACCACCUCCAUGGCAGCCGCGACGGCGCCGGCUACUCCCCGCUCUUCGCGUCGUGGGAGGCGCGGCUCCGCGUGGCGCUGGACGCGGCGCGCGGCAUUGAGUACCUGCAUUGCUACGCUGUGCCGCCCAUCAUCCACCGCGACGUCAAGCCGUCCAACAUCCUCCUCGACGACGAAUGGACGGCCAAGGUCUCCGACUUCGGCCUCUCGCUCGCCAGCGGAGGCGCGGCGUGCUCGACGUCGGCCACGGCCGGCACGGUCGGGUACAUGGACCCGGAGUACUACCGGCUGCAGGAGCUCACCGAGCGGAGCGACGUGUACAGCUUCGGCGUCGUGCUGCUGGAGCUCGUCACCGGCAGGAAGGCCAUCCACCGGACGAACCAGGAUGGCAGCGGAUCGCCCCGGAACGUCAUCGAGUUCGCUGUGCCAGCCGUAGACACAGGCAACAUCACCAAGAUCCUCGACGGCCGCGUGCCCCCGCCGCGCGGCCACGAGGUCGAGGCGGUGGCGCGCGUCGCCAAGAUUGCCUCUGAGUGCGUCCGGCGGCGGGGGCGCGCCCGGCCUAUUAUGUCCGAGGUCGUCGCCGAGCUGGAGUGGGCCGUCACACUCUGCGAGGAGUCCGUCGCCGCUGCCGCCGGCGCGCAGCACAGCUCCCGGCACGGCGGCUCCGACUUGUCGCGCUCCGAGUCCGACGACCCGAGCCCGUUCCACACGCGCGAGCUCGGCUUCGGCUUCAGCUCGAGCCGAGCCGUCACGCAUGGCAGGUCCCACUCAACAAUGUAAAUCUUUUUUUCUCCAUUUUUCUUCGUGGUUGGUAUAUGAUUAAUUAGUUGCUGACUUGCUGUCCAUAAACAUUUUUAAAAGGAAAAAACAGAGAGAGAAAAUCUUCUUUAUCCAACGGCGUUUCAUAUUAAUUGUUAUACAAUUUAAAGUUUUGAUUUGUAAAGAUAGAAAAAGAAACCUCAGUGUUUGACAAGAUCUGACAUAUGUAGAGCUUGACAAAGAGUAAGAUCUGAGUAGUGGAAGGUCUGUAAGUAGAGGAGCUAAUUCUUAAUUUUUUGUUUACAUUUUCUUGGGGUUGGUAGGUUAGAGAAGCUAAGCUGUGACUUGUGGGCUGUGGAGAUGUACCAACUGUACUUGAUCCAACCAACUGAUGUUAUACAAAUACAUGUACAAUGAUUUUGUUUGAUUCUCACAA